AUGGGUUGCGAUUGGAACACAAUUGCGGCGUCGGACUUGUUUGUAUUGUGUCACAGCAGUGUGGACGGUGCCAAGACCUACGAAGAGGGUACGCCGAUGUCUACAUCGAACCCGAUGGUUCCCGGUUCGAUUCCAGGGUCCGGAAUUCGGGCGCCGUUGCGAAGCGACAAGAUCAUAAGAGUGGGUGUGUAUUUGUCGGAUUUCGGUGCCGAAAAGUUGGAACAAGAGCGCAUCCAUGGUCCAUCGUUUGAGGAGUUGGAGUUGAUAGAGAGGCGCAACGCUGAGUUGAAGAAUAAUGAUGGGGAGAUAAGUGAGGCGACGGCGUUGGCGAUCCGGAAGUAUGAUCGACAGCGUGCACGUUAUUACUAUGCGGUGGUGGAAUGUGUAGAUGUACAUACGGCGGAGGAGUUGUAUAGUCAGUUGGAUGGAAUGGACGCAGACUUUGCGGUCGACGGUAUCGACCUGCGAUAUGUCCCGGACGACCUCCAAAAAUUCCCGCGACAACCAGAAUCAGAGUGCACCGCACUGCCACACAAUUACGUACCACCCGUCACCUUCGACUCCAGCUUGAAACAUACUCACGCCGAACUCCAUUGGGAUGAACCUGAUCCCCGCCGGCAUCAACUCCUCACUAAACGCCAUACCGAAGAGGAAAUGAACGCCAUAGACCUCGAACAAUACCUCGCCUCCACCGACACCAGUGACCAGGAAGAUGACGCCGAACGCAUUCGAGAGGUCCGCAAACUCCUACUCGGCAACACCGCAGAACCAGAAUCAGACGAUUCAGCGAAGGAAGGCACCUUCUUCAUCUCCGCUUCCGGAAACCCCGUCAGGGUCGACGCCGGCGAAACGGAGGCGGAGAUGAGCGACCGAGAAGGAGAAAACGCUAAGACGAAGAAACGCCCAGCCAAAGAGCGGUUAACGAAAGAGGACUCAGAGACUCGGAAAAAAGCGACUCGCUCGAAACGUUCCGGUUUUGCACUGCUUAGCGGCGAUCCGGAACAGGACGCGGAUUCCGAAUCGGAUGAGGGCAUCGGGGACAUACUCCUCGCUCAUGUGUCGGAUGGUCAGGAUUCCUCUGACUCUCAUUCUGAGCGCAAGCCCAAGGGACGCAAGAGCAUUCGCCAACGCCGAAAAAACGCUUUAGCCCAACACCGCCAGAAGAAGCGAGAACGCGAUAACACACAAUACGUCGAGAGCCUCGUCAAAAAGGACGAACGCUUCGGCGCACUGUUCAACGACCCGGCGCAUUUUGCCUAA